AUGCCACGUAAGCUACGUAAGAAUAUACGUAAGAGGAAGAGAGCAUUGAAACAUCCAAUAGUAAAACUGACACCACAACAACAGUUGCAACAACAAAUUAUGAAUGACCCCACUAUGUUGCAACAAAUGUCAAGCAACCCUAUGCUUUUAAACCGAGUUAUUGGUGCACAGAGUGGAGGUUUACGAGCGGCACUUUUAGCGAAAAUGGCAGGCUAUGGUGGAGCUGCAGACGGAACAGCUUAUAACCCUCAAAGUCAAAUGAAUUUGAGUUCACUCAAAAAUCAAAUAACAGAUGUCAAAAAGUCAAACAUAGACAUACAGAAACAAAUAAGUGAAAACGAAAAGAAACUAGAAUAUGACAGACACACAAAGAAACUCAAUGAGUUAAACGUAGAGAAAAAGAAGAAAGAAGAACAACUGAAAGAACUAAGUACAGAGGAAUAUGCGAAAAAAGUGUCAGAAAAAGCAGCAGAAGUAGCAAAAAUGGAACAAGAUGUUAUAAAUUUGAAAAACCAUACUACUCAAUAUAAAGUACUGAAAGAUGAAGAGAUAAAACAAAAAGCCCUGAAGACAUAUAUGGAUAG